AUGAUACGUUACGCGCAGGACGUUCCCAACGCUCUGCGCUGUGCUUCCUGCAAAAAUGUGUUCAGAGACUGUGUUCUACAGGCGUCGUGCGGAGACAGAUUUUGUACUGAAUGCUUCGGGUCUAGACUCAGACUGGAUUGCAUUUUUGUGAAUAGACAAUUUGACAAGGCGAACUGUCCAACGUGUGGAUAUGAACUAGAUCAAAAGCGCUGCUGGAGAGAUGUGUUUGCAGAAAAGGAACUGUUACAGCUGCAGGUGCACUGCUCUAGCAGUGGCUGUCAGUGGAUUGUUCAGAAACACGCAGAUGAUGAACGUGAUUUUUCUCAAGUUUAUUGUGAAUUUCUGUCUGUUGGAUGUUCUCACAAGAUGAAGAAGAGAGAUGUUGGAGAUCCUAAAGACAAGUGCUGCAAAGAGCAUCUAGAUUUGCUCCUAGAGAAAGUUGAUGAUCUGAAUGCCCGGCUGCAACAUCAACCCUGCAAGUUCAUGUGGAGAAUAGAAAACUGGAGCAAAACCUUUGAAAAUGCCAAAAUGAAAAAACAACAAACUUGCAACGACAGUCUUGUGGGUGUGUAUCUAGUCAUCAUGAAAGGUGACUUUGAUCACCAAUUGCACUGGUCGUUUUCUUAUGCCUACACACUGACUGUCAUCGAUCAGCAACUUAAUGGCAAAGAUCAGGCCCGGAUACAGAUGGGGGUUUAG